UGGUAGUCGGUUUUUUUUCCUUGAAAUAAAUAGCAAAAUCUUCCUUCUUCCUUUUAUAAAUUUUUAACAAUUUGAAUAGAAGCGUUUGGUCUACCUUCCUCAACAAUCUGGAAAAUGACGGAAAUCCCGUACACUCCGGCCAAUGAUCUGCAGUUUCUCCAUCAAGAUUUUGUACCGGUACAUGGGGUGCCCACUCACAUAGUCACUUGUGGACGUUGGUUGGACGAACCACUGCCAGACAACGACGUCAACGGUCACCUGGUACUCUUUAUUCCUGGAAAUCCCGGUGCCCUGGAGUACUACAUAGACUUCAUCAAAGCCCUGUAUGAGGGGCUUCAGAGGACCAUUCCCAUCUGGGGCAUCUCUCACGCAGGACACGUGGGGGCCCCCCCUGGAUGUCAAGUGCCCAAGCUACAAGGAAAUGAAAAUCUCUACUCGUUAGAAGGCCAGAUUCACCACAAAAUGGCGUUCGUCAACUCCUUCGUCCCCAGAGAUCGGAGGCUCAUCCUCAUAGGCCAUUCCAUCGGCUGCUACAUCGUUCUAGAACUCCUGAAAAGGCUGCCCCAUCUGCAGGUGACGCGCUGCUUCCUGCUGUUCCCCACCAUCGAGCGCAUGUCCACCAGUCCCCAGGGCCAGUGGGUGUGGCCCAUGCUGACCUACCUGAGGCUCCCGGCCCUGAUCAGCGUCUACGCCCUGAGCUGCCUGAGCCCCCAGAUGCAGUGCCGCCUGCUGGAGUGGUACUUCAAGGGCCGAUGCGUUCCCGAGUGCGUGCUCAACGCCAGCCUCAACCUCUUCCAGCCAGACUGCGCCAAGCUCUGCAUGUUCAUGGCCAGGGAUGAAUUGGAGAAUGUCACCACCCUGGAUGUGGACACCAUCCGAGACAACCUGGGCCGCAUCACGUUCUACUAUGGGGCCAACGACAACUGGUGCCCCUACUCCUACUACCAGGACCUGAGGGAGAUCUUCCCCCAGGGAGACGUGAGGCUCUGCAAGAACGACUUCGAGCACGCCUUCGUCCUGGAGAACAGCAAGGAGAUGGGGGCCCUGGUGGCAGGAUGGAUCCUGGAGGAGAUCCUGGGGACCUCCAAGGACGUGCACAAGAAUUCACUCCUGGUGUAGGUGCCACGGAUGAGGACGUCCUCAAGAACUCUCGCCUUUUGUAGGUGUAUGGUGCCAUGAAAGAGGCGAUCCACUGGACGUCCAGAAGAACUCACUCCUGGUGUAGGUGCCACGGAUGA